GGACAGUGCCGAGAUUGGAGUCGUGCAGCUAAAUUUGACGGCUGAAGGGAAAAAGAUGUUUCCGUUUGCUACGGAGGGGAAGAUACACAUGCAUGAAUAUCAUCGGAGGGAGAUCAAGGUCCCGGCAAAGGGCUUCGUGCCGUUGGCGGAGGGGUAUCAAUCGUUCAUGAACGAGGCGAAGACGAUUUUAACCUUCCAGGGCCAUCCGGAGAUGAAUCAGGGACUAGCGGAGACCAAUCUGAGGGACGCCCCGAGUUAUAUGGGGGUUGACGAUGCCAAGAGAGAAGUAGUUGCUAAGACGAUUGAGCAAAGCCAUGAUGGUGUGCUGAUCUGGAAGAGGAUUUUGGAGUGGGUGAAAGAAUAAUCUUGCCAGAAAGCUCCGAGGAAGCAGCAAAGCCACAAGUGUGAUAAGUAGACAUUAAACAUGUCUUAAACUUCAUUGCCUAAUUCUUCUGUUUUGUAUGCAUAUGAAUUAUCGAGGAGCCACUUGCUCGGAAAAUAGAUGAUUCAAACCCUUACCAAUGGAAGCAGGUAUUGCG